UCUCUCCUUGCUCAUUUAUUAAUCAUCUCUUCAUGUCACUAUAUAUACAACCACGUACAAAGUUCUCCUCAAAUCAUCGUAUAUUAAAAAAAUGGCGAUGCUAACACCAGUCAUAAAACUCGUGGUUUUCAGGCAAAGUCUUCGACCACAUUCGGCUAUUGCAUUCCUCGUUGAGUUUCUUUGCUUUGUCUUAGAGUUACUCGACAAGGAGAAAGAUCUAGCCAAAAUAUUCGGAAUCGUAUGCGCUUGCGACACGUUAAUCUUCACUUUGCUCGACCUAAUCCAAAACCUGAUCGAAGAAGAAGUGAAAAUAGGAAGAUACGGCCGAGUGUUUUGGCUUUACACAAAAGACGGGAGCCUCUAUUGGCACACACUAAACGCAUACCUACUCACGUUAUGCAUUGUCCACGUAACAGGUUCCGCGGUCUCGUACUUUUCUCGUCGACAUUAUCUAGUCUUGCUCCCGCUUUUCUCCGCGGGUCUCGAACUCGUCCCACAAGAAGCCUAUCGUGUUCUUGGACCAGAUCAAGAUGCACAAGAUCCUCCUAUUAUGCCUUUUCAUAGCACAUCAGAUGGAAAAAAUCAGAUUCUUCACGACGAUGUUGGGCUAAAUCAAGAGUCACGAGGUUGCAUUGCACCUCAUCAAGUUCCAUUAGUAGAGCAAGGAAUGGUUGUUCAUGCUGAGCCUCUGGAUGAUGGUAUUGAGCUGAAGGAAGAAGGGGUUGUUCAAGUUGGGCCUAAUGAAGGCCCAUAAACUAUCAAAUGCCUGAA